UCCUGGUCCAGAGGAGGGUUAAACUGUGGUGCAUCUGGUCACACUGAUGCACGCGUGCGAUUUUUUUAUUCGGCAUCUUUAAAAUUAUUUAUUAGAGGUUUAUAAAGAAAUAAUACAAAAUGACUAUCGGAAAGAACAACAAAAUGAUUCAGCACCUGAAUUAUCGGGUGCGAAUCGUUCUCCAGGAUUCGCGUACGUUCAUUGGGACGUUCAAGGCCUUCGACAAACACAUGAAUCUUAUUCUGGGGGACUGCGAGGAGUUCCGCAAGAUCCGAUCAAAGAAUUCCAAGGUUCCGGAACGAGAAGAAAAGCGAGUGCUGGGCUUUGUGCUUCUUCGUGGUGAGAAUAUAGUUUCCCUGACGGUUGAAGGACCCCCGCCACCAGAGGAGGGUCUUCCGCGUGUGCCCAUUCCCGGUGCUGCUCCAGGUCCCGGAAUUGGUCGCGUGGCCGGCAGAGGAGUGCCGCUGAACAUGUCCUCGGUGCCGGCUGGUCUGCAGGGACCUGUACGCGGAGUGGGAGGCCCCGCACCGUCUCACAUGGCGCCGAUGGGCCGUGGAGUACCCAGAGCACCAAUGAUGGGAGCCCCACCACCGGGCAUGAUCCCCGGAGGCAUGCCAGCGAUGCCUGGUAAUCUUGGACGCGGUGCACCCCCACCGAUGCGCGGGCCACCGCCGAGCAUGAUUCGCGGGGCACCGCCACCGGGCCGGGGAGGAUACUAAUUUUAUACUUUUCCAAAUAAAAUAAAAUACCAAAAUAGUCUUCUUUAA